AUUAAUAGAAUAUCCUCACAGACUGGGCUUCACAUGUUCUUUGCCCUGACACCAAACAACUCUGUUGACGUGGCUUGAAGGAAACCGUCUACACAGUGUGGCUGUGUCCUGUAGACUCAAGCAGCAUGGGGGACUUCCAGCAGUUUGAGCAGGACUUCUACCAGACAAGAUAUUACACAGACGACCAGGGCCAGGCUGUGGCCUAUUACGAUAUAUACGAUUCCACAAGCCCUGAUUAUAAUGACGAUGGAGAACAGGCUUUCAUGCCAGAAGCUCUGGAUCCUUCCACGGAACCGCAGUACACUGGACAGUUCUACCAACCUGCAAUGUCCCCUGGUGCUGUGGGAAGCACAGGAACAGAUUCUCCUGAAGAGGAGCCGCCCCUUCUCGAGGAACUUGGCAUCAGUUUCGAUCACAUCUGGCAGAAGACGCUGACAGUGUUGAACCCCUUCAAGCCUGCAGAUGGCAGCAUCAUGAACGAGACCGAUGUGACAGGGCCUAUCGUCUUCUGCUUCACACUGGGGGUCUCUUUAAUGAUGGCAGGUAAAGCCCACUUUGGUUAUAUAUAUGGGAUCAGUGCUACAGCCUGUAUUGGGAUGUACAUUCUGCUGGGUCUGAUGAGUACCGUGACAGUGUCUUAUGGCUGCGUGGCCAGUGUCCUGGGCUACUGCCUCCUGCCAAUCGUGGCCCUCUCUGCAUUUGCUGUCUUCUACUCUUUGCAAGGCAUAUUGGGUACCCUUCUGGCCUUGCUAGUGAUCUGUUGGUCUAGUUUCUCCGCCUCAAAGAUCUUCAUCUCUACCCACGCUAUGGAGGGCCAGCAGCUGCUGGUGGCCUACCCAUGUGCCCUGCUCUACGGAAUCUUUGUACUGCUCGCUGUAUUUUAACUGUCACCAGUUACACUCCAGAGGAGUAUGAUUAAUAGUAUUAUAUUACCAAAAAGGUUAAAGGGAGGCUGCUAUUUGUCCGUUUAGAAAAACAGCAGGGGGUAUAAAGCAAACAAUACAUUUGGUGGAUGACUGCAUGUUACAGAGCCUCAGCUCCAAACUUACCUCUGUGUUUUUAUGGAGCAGAAAAGUUUAUCCUUUAUCUUCAUGUUCUGUAUAGUUUGAUUUCCUCUUUUCUCUAUUUAGAUGUUUGUUUUAUUGAUUCAUGAUGCUACAUGUAUACAUGGUGGUGACUGUAUGUUAUGUAUUCUGUCUGCAAGGAUUGUGAUGAAUAAAGAAUAUCCAAAGUU